AUGGGGGAAAACGAGAGAUCAGGGAAGGCCGGAGACGAGUUGGGGGUCUCUCUGAAAUUCAAAUUCGAACACGCACCAAACGGCGGUGGACUCUGUUUUUUUGGUUCUUUUCAGCCGGACUCGAGCCCCGCGAGCGCGAUGGUGGUCUGCAAAUGCCGCAAGGCGACAAAGUUGUAUUGCUUCGUCCACAAGGUGCCUGUUUGCGGAGAAUGUAUAUGCUACCCGGAGCACCAAAUUUGUGUGGUGCGUACGUACUCCGAGUGGGUAAUUGAUGGGGAGUAUGAUUGGCCUCCUAAAUGCUGCAAAUGCCAAGUUGUGUUUGAAGAGGGGUCAAAUCCUCAAACGACAAGAUUGGGCUGUUUGCAUGUUAUACAUAGUAGUUGCUUAGUCUCGCACAUUAAGAGUUUUCCUCCUCAAACUGCACCAGCUGGGUACGGCUGUCCAGGCUGUUCAACCUCGAUAUGGCCUCCAAAAAGUGUCAAAGAUUCUGGAUCACGUCUUCAUUCAAAUCUGAAAGAAGCAAUAAUGCAGACUGGUUUGGAGAAGAACUUGUUUGGCAACCAUCCAGUUUCAUUUGCAACAGAGACCCGAGAUCCUCCUCCGGCAUUUGCCUCGGAACCACUGAUGCAUCCAUCUGCUGGAAAAGAUGCUGUGCCUCCUGCAACUGGCUUUACAAGGCCCGCAAGCUUGGAUAUAGUGGAGAUUGACGGGCCCAGCUCAGCAACAUCAUCUUUGCCCAACCAUGAGCCUAAUUUUAUUAAAAACUCCAGUCCACCUGGCCCUGGUGCUACCACUCGGAAAAAUGCACUGCAAGUCGAAAGACAGAACUCUGAGGUCUCAUAUUAUGCGGACGACGAAGAUGCAAACAGGAAGAAAUAUUCGCGAAGAGGAACUAUUCGUCAUAAGUUCCUGAGGUCAUUGUUGCCUUUCUGGUCGAGCGCGUUGCCUACUCUACCGGUGACGGCCCCACCAAGAAAAGAUGCAUCACAUGCUGAUGAUGCCUCAGAGGGUCGUGCAAGACAUCAUAAGUCUUCAAAAAUGGAUCCAAGAAAAAUCCUCUUAAUAAUAGCUAUCAUGGCUUGCAUGGCCACAAUGGGUAUAUUGUAUUACCGAAUUGCACAAAGGGGUCUCGGUGAAGAUUUGCCUGAUGAUGAGGUACAGUGA